AUGGCAGCACACGUGUUUCACGUCCGGGAAGUACGAGAGAACGGCGCCGGGGAACAGCCCGGGGGGAUAUGGAGUAGGGAUUCCGGUUCCUACCUCCAGCUCCUGGCGUCACCCCUGGUGUCGCGAUCUCCAUCCCCGGGAAGUGUAGAGGACCCGGAGGAAAUUCCGGACAUCGAGCUCGAGGACGACCAGCCAAUGGCGGAGACGGAGGGCGUGGCCGAGGUCAUCACCCUCUCCUCGGAGAGCGAGGAAGACGAUGACGGAGGCGAGACGGUCACGCCGGAGGUGUCAUCAGACGAGGAUGAGACCGCGCGGAUGGCUUACCGGAGCGUCCGGCGGGCUACGCAGGGCCAGGGACGGAUAAGCCUCGGGGUCGCGCAGCCGACCGAGGAUCCGGUGGAUAUGAGACGAUUUAUGGAGGCACGAGUCGCCACCCUGCGGCGUUUCCAGCAGAUGGUGGACGCGCGACAGGUCGCCGACGCCGAGGCCGCAUGGCAGGAGCGUUUGGCUCGGCUGCAAGAGGAGGAGGAAGCACUGUGGGCACCAGCCACGAAGCAGCCGGAGCCCACGCAGCCACUGGCAAGACAGCUACCGCCGACACCGCAGCCACCAUUGCCGUUGACGCCGCCGCCGACUCGACCACCGCCGUUGCCGCCGCCGCCGCCGACGCAGUCACCGCCACCGACACCACCACGGAUGACGGCGACGCAGUCACCGCCACCGACACCACCACGGAUGACGCCAGCGCAGGCGCCGCUGCCGACACCGCCGCGUCCGACGCCACCACGGCCGACGCGCACGCCGUCAACACCACCGCCGCAACCUCGCACGCCGACACCACCACCCCAGCAGGGGGAAUGCCCACGAUAUGACAGGCAACAGGCGUGGGAGAUUCCGCAGGCACACGUCGGCCAGGUGGUCCGCACGAUCGAGAUGGGAGGGCGUCUGUGGCACCAACAAGAAGAAGAAGAAGGAAGAGGCGGAAGCGAUCGGCUGGAGAACGCCGGACCAGGAGUCACGCGAUCCGCGAUUACGCGCCCGAGCAGAGGGUAA